AUGUCAUCAACGACAACCGCGAGGGACAUUCCUGCCAUUAAAAAGGCUGAGCCUGGUGUACCUCAUCCUACUCAUUUUAGCACCACACCUGCUGGCACUAUUUAUUCGAGUACACCCGGAGGUUCCAGGAUUGUUUAUGAUCGUAGUACACUCUUGAACCUUGCCAAUUCUCCAUUGGCAAAAACUCCACCUAGCAAUCUGGCUUUUAUCCCCGGUGUGACCAAACCUAAUCCUCAUCAUACUGCUCACGAUAACUCCUCAGCGACAACUCAAUUCCAGGGGCAUUUGGCUCCACCUCAACCCGCUCUCCCCAGCUUACAUCAACAGUCAAACGAAUCUGAGACUAAUAGUAAUAAUCAUCAGACGAAGCCACUAACUGGUGCUGCUGAAGAUGGUCAUUCUCAUGAACAACCAAAGGAUCACGAUCAUGACAUGUUUCAUAUGGAUAUGGAAUAA